AUGAAGUUGGUGGAGGCCGACUUCAAACAGGCAGCCAGGCAGCCCCUGGAUCAGACUGAAACGUUCAAAAACACGAAGACACAAACCGGGGACAUCGGCGCAGCAGAUCGCCCCAAAUUAAAGCCAAGCCUGCCCCCUGGUGGGAGGCCUUCCACCUCUCUAGAGGAUGAAAACAAAAAUGGCUGCACCACGAUCUCGAUCACCAGAGCUGAGAUACUGCAGUCCCCUCUCUUCAACAAACCCUCAGGGUCUGCUGGUGUAACCUCCUUCCCAGAAUCCAAGGUUUCCGUGUCUGUAUCAGAAAGUACUCCUUACCUGAGUACAGUAAUGCUGUCUUCAGCUGAGACCAUUUCAAUUGACACAUUGGUGCCUUCUCUGUCUACAGUUACAUCUGGAGUUCCAGGGAUUGAUGGCAUCGUGGAGCACAUCACAGAGAUACCCAAUGAAGCAGCCCAUGGAGGAGCCACAGAACCAGUCCAUGUCCCUGUGGCACCCACAUCAUCUGCUAGUCCUAGAGGACCACCAACAGAGUGGACAGAAAAAGCAGAGAUCGCAGCUCUGAAGACCACUUCUACACCACCUUUGACCACUACAGUCUCUACUCCCACUUCCAGAAUGCUGACUCUCCUCAGGACAUCAGGUAAAACAGCCGGCACAAGAGGAAUGAUCAUUACAACCCCAGAUGUUUCCCCUGAUGUUCUAGAGAUGACAGCCUCAUUGGCCACAAGACCUGGAGCAGAGACCAGCACAGAACUUCCCAGGACAGCCUCAUCUGUUUUCAGUAGAGAGUCAGAAACCACACCCUCACUAGUCCCUAGUUCUGGGGCAAAGAACAGUCCAGCUGUUCCAACUCUGACUGUUUCUUUUAGUGAGCCAGAGACCACAAUCUCAUGGGUCACUUAUCCUGCAGAAACCAGUUCAACUGUUUCCAGGGAAACCCUGAAUGUUUCCCACAGUGAAUCAGAUAACACCCCCCCAAUAGCUACCGGUUCUGGGGAAGAAGUCAGUUCAGCUGUUCCAACUCUGACUGUCUUCCCUGGUGUACCAGAAAUGGUGACCGCCCUGGUAACUAGUCCUGCGGCAGAGACAAGUAUGGUCCUUUCAAAUCUGACUGAUUCCCAAGAUGCACCAGAGACCUCUGCCUCAUGGGUCACCCAUCCUGGGGCACAGAGCAGUUCAUCCAUUCCAACUCAAAAUGACUUCCCUGGUGAGCCAGGGUUGAUGACUUCACUGGAUGCUAGUUCUGGAGCAGAGACCAGCCCAGCUGAUCAAACUCUGACUGUAUCUCCUGGUGAGCCAAAUACAACAGUCUCAUUGGUUACCCAUCCUGAGGCACAGACCAGUUCAGCCAUUCCAACUCCAACUGUCUCCCCUGGUGUAAUAGGGGUGAAAAUCUCACCAGUCACCAAUUCUGGGGCAGAGGCCAGUACAGCAUUUACAACUCUGACUGAUUCCCCACAAGAACCAGAGACAACAGCCUCAUGGGUCACCCAUGCUGGAACAGAAGCCAUUUCCACUGUUGGAACUUUGACUGUUUCCCCUGGUGAGCCAAAUACAACAGCCUCAUGGGCUCAUUCCAGAGAGAACAGCACACCUGUUUCCAGAAUAACUCCAAAUUUUGCCCAAAGUGAAUUAGACACCGCACUCUCAAUGGCCACCACUCCUGGGGCAGAAGCCAGUUCAGCCACUCCAACAAUCACUGUCUCACCUGGUGUACCAGCUAUGAUGACCUCACAGGCCACUAGUUCUGAGACAGAUGCCAGUACAACCUCUUUGACUCUGACUGAAUCCCUGCAUGAAUCAGAUACAACAGUCUCCUUGGUCACCCAUCCUGCAGAGACCAGCCCAACAGUUCCCUGGACAACGCCCAAUGUUUCCCAUAGUGAAUCAGACAGCACACCCUCAACAGCCGCCAGCCUUGAGACAGAAGCCAGUUCAGCUGUUCCAACUACACCUAUCUCCCCUGGUGUAGCAGAUAUGGUGACUUCACAGGCCACUAGUUCUGAGACAGAUGCCAGUAUGGUUAUUUCACCUCUGACUCUUUCUCCUGGUGAACCAGCAAACACAGUCUCAUGGGUUAAUCAUUAUGGAGCACAGACCAGUUCUUCCAUCCCAACUCCGACUGUCUCCCCUGGUAUAUUAGGGGUGGGGACCUCAGUGGUCACUAGUUCUGGGGCAGAGACCAGUGCAACUUUUCUAACUCUUACUGAUUCCUCGCAUGAUUCAGAAACAACAACCUUAUGGGUCACCCAUUCCGCAAAGACCAGCACACCUGUUUCCAGAAUAACUCCAAAUUUCUCCUAUAGUGAAUCCGAUAUCUCACUCUCAACAGCCACCACACCAGGGGCAGAAAGCAGUUCACCUUCAGCUACAACUAUCUUACCUGGUGUGCCAGGAUUGGUGACCUUACUGGUUACCAGUUCUGAGGCAGAAACCAAUACAACUUUUACAACUCUGACUGAUUCGCUGCAUGAACUGGAGACCACAGCCUCAUGGGUCACCCAUUCUGAGAAAGAAGCCAGUUCAGCUGUUUCAACUUUGCUUAUUUCCCCUGGGGAGCCAGAUACAGCAGUCUCAUUGGUCACCCAUCCUGCAGAGACCAGCCCCACUAUUCCCAAGGCAACCCCCAGAUUUUCCCAUAGUGAAUCAGAUACCACACAUUCAAUAGCUACCAGUUCUGGGGCACAGACAAUUUCAGCCAUUCCAACUGCGACUGUCUCCCCUGGUGUAUCAGGGGUGGAAAUCUCACUGGUCACCAGUUCUGAGAAAGAUGACAGUAUGGCUAUUCCAACUCUGACUCUUUCUCUUGGUGAGUCAGUGACCACAGCCACAAUGGUCACUCAUUCUGGGGUACAGACCAGUUCAGACAUUCCAGCUCCAACUGUCUCCUCUACUGUGCCAAAGCUGGUGACCUCAAUGGUCACCAGUUCUGGGGCAGAAGCCAGUACAAUUCUUACAACUCUCACUGUUUCUCCAGGUCAACUGGAGACCACAGCCUCAUGGGUCACCCAUUCUGAGAAAGAAUCCAGUUCAGCUGUUUCAGCUCUGCCUAUUUCCCCUGGGGAGCCAGAUACAGCAGUCUCAUUGGUCACCCAUCCUGCAGAGACCAGCCCAACUAUUCCCAAGGCAACCCCCAGUUUUUCCCAUAGUGAAUCAGAUACCAUACAUUCAAUAGCUACCAGUUCUGGGGCACAGACAAUUUCAGCCAUUCCAACUGUGACUGUCUCCCCUGGUGUAUCAGGGGUGGAAAUCUCACUGGUCACAAGUUCUGGGGCAGAGACCAGUACAACUCUUACAACUCUCACUGUUUCUCCAGGUCAACUGGAGACCACAGCUUCAUGGGUCACCCAUUCUGGGAUAGAAGCCCGUUCAGCUGUUCCAACUCAGACUGAUUCCCCUGGGGAGCUAGAUACACCAGUCUUUUUGGUCACCCAUCCUGCAGAGACCAGCCCAACAGUUCCCCGAACAACUCCCAGUGUUUUCCAUAGUGAAUCAUAUACCACACCCUCAAUGACCACCAGCUGUGGGGCAGAAGCCAGUUCAGCUAUUCCAACUCAGACUGAUUCCCCACAUAAGCCAGAUAUAGCAGUCUCAUUGGUCAUCCCUUCUGCAGAGACCAGCCCAACUGUCCCCACAACACCUCCAGUUUUUUCCAAAAGUGAACCAGACACCAAACACUCAGUAGGCACCAGUCUUGGGGCAGAAGCCAGUUCAGCUGUUCCAACUCCGACUAUCUCCCCUGGUGUACCCGAUAUGGUGACCUUCCAGGUCCCUACUUCUGAGACAGAUGCCAAUAUGACUAUUCCAAGUCUAACUCUUUCUCCUGGUGAACCAGCAACCACAGCCUUAUUGGUCCCCCAGUCCAAUGCAAAGACAGGCGCAAAUUUUCCUGGUUCAACUGCUUUUCCUCAUUUACCAGAGACCAUAGCCUCACCAUCCAUCCAACCUGAGUUGGAGAUUAGUGAAGCUCUUCCAGCUCAGACUGUUUCCCUCAGUCCAGCAAAAAUAACAUCCUUCACCACACCUGCGACUGAGACCAGCAGAGUUGAUCUAGGUCCAACUAUCUCACUUGGCGUUCCUGUGGAAACAGCCUCACUCUCCACCCAUCCUGGCACAGACAUCACAACGAUUUCAAGUUCAACUCUUUCCCCCGUUUUAUUGGCGACCACAGGCUUACUGGCCACCAGCCCUGCAUCAGAUGCCAGCACAGGUAUCCCAACUUUGACUGCUGGUGAUCUUGGGCCUGUCAGUACCCCUGCAACCACUGGUGAGCCUUACACCUUAACUUCCUGGGGCACGGAACCCUCACCACCUGUGACCUCAGUUGGACUCCCUGAAUUGUCCAAGACUGUGAUGGGGAACACUGUGACCUUGAUAGCAUCAGAGACCCCAACACCACCUAAAACCAGUCACAGAGAAGGACUGAGUACAACAACUGUCCUGAAAACCACAACUCUUGAGACCACUAAUUUAGCUGCUACAGGUUCAGGCCCCAUCAUAGUAGAGACCACAACCACCUUCAAUACAUCAGCAGGAAGUCCCUUUGUCCCUGAGACCUCACCUGGGAUGUCCACCUUGACCUCUCUGAGUGUGGCUUCAGAAACAACUGCAGUUCCUUUCUUGAUGCCUUUUACUGUCAACUUCACCAUCACCAACCUGCACUACACAGAGGACAUGGAAAACUCGAGCUCUGAGAUAUUCAGUGCCACUGAGAGAAACCUGCAGCACCUGCUCGGGACUCUGUUCAAAAACAGCAGCAUUGGUUCACUCUAUGCUGGCUGCAGUCUGACCUUGCUCAGGGCUGAAAAGGAUGGAACAAGCACCAGAAUGGACGCGGUCUGCGCCUACCGCCCAGAUCCCACAGGCUUCAGGCUGGACAGAGAGGGGCUAUCCUGGGAGCUAAGCCAGCAGACCCGUGGUGUCACUCAGCUGGGCCCUUACACCCUGGACAGGGACAGUCUCUGUGUCAAUGGUUAUAACUAUCAAUACUGGAUCCCCACCACCAGCACUGCAGGUGUGGGUCCCGCCCUGGUGCCAUUCACCCUCAACUUCACCAUCACCAACCUGCUCUGCACCCCAGACAUGAGGCGCCCAGGCUCCAUGAAGUUCAAUUCCACUGAGAGGGCCCUGAAGAGCCUGGUAAGAGCCUGA